AUGGUUACCAUUCCACCGUCCGGCAUGGCCGCCUUGAUGCUCACAGCACUUCAUACGCUCGCCGCACACUGUUUAAGCCCUAACUACCGAAUCGACGUCCACUCGCAUGCGAUCCCAGACAUAUGGCGCCAGGCUCUCGUUGACGCUGGAUAUCCCGUCGUCAACGGCACCCUAACCGUGGAAGGCUUUCCGGUUCCCGAGUGGACACUCGACGGCCAUAUAGAUACGAUGAACAAGCUCGGGGUAGGAUAUGCAACGCUCAGCAUCACCGCUCCGGGCGUAUACUUUCUCGCAGAACAACCAGGAAAGGCAAAGAAGCUUGCGCGGGAGAUCAAUGAGGCGUUGUAUGAGUAUACACUGAAAUAUCCUACGCGACUUGGUGCGCUUUGUCUGCUGCCGCUGCCGAGCGUUGAGGAUGCGUUGGCCGAAAUCGAGUACUGCCUCGAUACUCUCCAAUUCGAUGGCGUAGCGCUCUACACAAACUCCGCAGGCCUCUAUCUUGGCUCCGAAUCACUUGACCCCAUUUUCGAUGCCCUAAGCACCCGCGAUACCACCGUCUUCGUCCACCCGGCUGAACCAGGCUGCCACGACGCAGCAAUGGGGUACCCCGCUCCCCUAACAGAGUACCCCUUUGACAGUGUGCGCGCGAUGCAGAACAUGUUGCUCACAGGGCAGCGCGCGCGGUACCCGAAUGUCACCAUGAUAUACCCGCACGGUGGCGGUGCGCUACCAUACCUAGCGAACCGGAUCGCGUCGGUGGCGGCGCUGGAUGUUCUGGGGGCCUUGAAUCCGUUGGAAACUAUGCAGGAGCUCAAGGGGUACUAUUUCGAUACGGCGAGUUCGACUUCGAAAGUGCAGUUGGGGGCCUUGAAGGAGUUUGCCGGUGUUGAGAAGAUCCUCGUUGGGACCGAUUACCCGUACGUCCCUGCUGCAGGGGCAAAACUUGGUCUCGAGGUCAUUCAGAAGAAUGGAGAGUUUACCGAUGUGGACAUGGUUCGUGUAAAUCAUGGGAAUACGCUGUCGAUUUUUCCGAGGAUUGUGGCAAAAUUGAAUCACCACAGGCCUGAGUGA